UGAGGAAGCGGUCGCCACCAUCUUGCAGCCCAUGGAUGCUGAGUACACUCACUUCACUGACACUAGGGGGCAGUAUACAUUUAGACUAAUCACAUUGUUGUGAUGCUGGUGUUCCGCAUGGUUCGCCCCAGCACACAAAGUGCAUUGUGAGAAAAGCAGCCCAAAUAUGUCGCACUAAUCAUUCUCCUGCCAUACAGACAGCAGCCUGCGUCGUCAGGAUCGGCGAGAACUCCGGUCACAGCCGUUUAACCCAUCCGACGCCAUGGUCAAUGGCAUAGGUCCACCCAAGGGAUUUUCUGCCCAUUACACCUCACUUCCAGCCAGGCAUUGAUCAGGCGGGAGAUGCGUCAGACCAGGCAGUGGGCAGUCACGUGACUACCGGAGCCGCGGCCCGUGCACCCCUUCAUGUAUAGAGGCGCUGUGUGCUGCGGCGGAACUAUAGGAGACACAACUCACCCACACAAAGCCGUCACCGGAAGUGUGCACCAGUCACACAGCACCGGGCGGAAACCUGAACCCGCGAUAAAAAGUGCCCCUGCUAACGGUCUACCCCUCCUGCACAGUUCCGGAGCACUGAGAGCGUGGAUGAAAGGGGACUGACCAGGCAGAAAUGGAUGGAACAUAUACGCUUGAACUAUUUCCUCAAUGUAAAGUGACAAUGCUUCUGUUUAAAAAUGUGAAGAAUGCAUCUGCGCUAAGAAAAAAGGCAAUGGAUGGAUCCAUAGAGGGGGCAUUGCUGAACCCUGCAGUGAUUAUCGAUCCUCUUCAGGUUCUCGUGGCAGUAAAUAAAGCAAUCCAUCUACAGUUACUGGGAAAAAUGAAAACUAGAAAUCUUAACACAGAGUUUAUAUUCAAUUUGUCCCCAACCAACAAUAUUUCGGAAGCUUUUAAAACAUUUGGCCUGUCAGACAGUGCUUCUGGAGUUCUUGUUGUUUUGACUGACGAUGGGACUAGAGCUUUGAAUUCUCAAGAAAUAAUAUCUCACGUUGAAGGCCAGCAGGUCCCACUAGCAGAUCUGUCACAGUUGACAGACUUCACAAAAGUGAAAAAGGUGUAUAAAAUUACAACAGAAGAAGAAAAAAUUGGUUCUGUUUUGGAUGCCAUCAUUUGUAGAAUGUCUGUCAAAUAAAGAGCCUUUAUUGUAAUAAUUAUGCUUAUUAGACAGUAUGUGAGCUUAAAGGGGAGGGUUGAAAUUUUUUGUAAACAGGCUCAGAUCACUAUAAAAUAAAUUAUACUGAUCCCCUCACCAUUCCUAUUGCAACACUUCCUCACCGGUCUCUGCAUCCUGGUCAGUCAGAACACACAGGAAACAACCACUUGGCAAAUCGCUGGCCAAAGCAGGACACCACUGUGACCAGUGACUGGCUGAGUGAUCCUAAGGCAGAAAGUGGUGAAGUAGCUGGGAAGUCUUGGAGCAAUAGGGCAGGGAUGGCCAACCUGCGGCUCUCCAGCUGUUCUAAAACUACAACUCCCACCAUGCCCUGCUGUAGGCCGAUAGCUAUAGUCAAUCUGGGCAUGCUGGGAGUUGUAGUUUUGCAACAGCUGGAGAGCCUCAGGUUGGCCAUCCUUGCAAUAGGGGAUCUGCAAGAUGAGUAUCGCUUGUUUUAUUAUUUUGAUCUUGAAUGUAGCCUGUUUAAACCCCUUCAGCCACAACGAUGUUCCAUUUUUAUGUUUUUGUUUUUCACUCCCAUCCUUCCCAGAGCCAUAAGUUUGUUUGUUUUUGUAUUUUUUUUUUCUAUUCACAUAUGCCCUCGAAUGAGGGCUUGUUUUUUGCAAAAUAAGUUUUUUACUUUCUAAUGGCACCAUUUCCUAUUACAUACGAUAUGAUGGGAAGCUGGAAAAAAAUUCAAAUGAGAUGGAAUUGGGAAAAAGAUACGCAAUUGCACCACAGUUUUAUGAUUAUUUUUUUUUGGGGGGGGGGGGGGUU